AAGCUUCGCGGAGUGUCAGACGUGUUUUUUUUUCUUCAGUGACCGGAGGUUUCGAAGCGCUGGUGAUUGGUUCAAGAGGUAUCCCAGAGGAGCGACCAUAUUAUCCUACGAAUCAUCAAAAAGUGAUAACCUCCGGUAGCUCGUGUUCUGUCUUGAUAUAGAAAGCUGGAGCAAAUUUCCAUCCGCUCGUAGUGUUACAUAAUCCUUCAGCCUGGGGAUCAAUGUUUGUUUUGGUUAUCUGCGCCACGGAAUCCGAAAGAUCUGAACCCAAGGCAAUUCACGGAUGAAAACUCCAAUGAUUGAAGCUCUGAGCAGAUGGAAAAAUAAUCAGAAAAUCGAUCGGCCUGGUCUAAGCAACACAUGUUCGUGUUUCCCCUCGCUUUAUCAGUCAAAGAAGAUAAAAAAUAGAUAAGCAAGUGUGAAAGAUAACAGCGGAGCAUGGCUACUGGAAGCACGGGAUCCACUUUUCCCAAGUGGCAAUUGGCUGUUCUCAUUGGCGCGCCGGUGGCGCUCGGCAUUGGCUAUUUGUGCUGGAAGAAAUCGACCGAAGCGGAGGAAGGUUCAGGAGACAAACUGACGAAAAAGAAGUUGGGAGAGAUUAAGGACAAAACUAUUUCGCUGGACGGAGACGACCGGUCCCGAUCCCAACAGGAUGCUCCGAGUAAGAAAAAAGCACUCACACGCUUGGAGGAAGCACAAAAGCAUAAAAAUGAAGGAAAUACAUAUUUCCGAGAUGGAAAGUACGAUCAAGCUAUCAAAGAAUAUGAUUUGGCCAUUGAGAAAUGUCCAACAACUGAGAUUAAUGAUUUAUCUACAUUCUAUCAGAACAGAGCAGCUGCCUAUGAGCAUCUCCAAAAAUGGUCCGCUGUAAUUGAAGAUUGUACCAAGGCCUUGCAAUGCAAUUCCAAAUAUCUGAAAGCUUUAAAACGAAGGGCAAAGGCGUACGAACAACAGAAGGAGCUGGCAGCCUCUCUAGAAGACACUACCGCUGCCUGUAUUUUGGAAGGUUUCCAGAACAAGCAUACGCUAGUUAUAGCCGAUCGUGUCCUAAAAGAACUAGGUCAACAGCAUGCCAAGGAAACUCUUAAAGAUAAACAUAAUAUUGAACCAUCAAAAUUCUUUAUUAAAAAUUAUUUCGCCUCAUUUUCGGAUGACCCCAUCAAGAAGUUGGUCAUUGCUAGUACCGAACCAAAAGGUUUCGUAAAAGCAAAGCUCCUGUUAGAUCAAGGACAAUACGACGAAAUUGUAGCUGCAUGCACGGAAGAAAUCGAAUCCAGUGAAGCCGAAUCAGAAUAUAAAAUUGAAGCCUUGCUUCUUAGAGCGACGUUCUAUCUGCUUACGGCAAACUACCUUGAAGCUACUGCUGACCUUGAUGCGGUCAUUGCAUCAGAAUUGGCAGACAAAAAGAUCCGCGCCAAUGCCCUAAUAAAGCGUGCGUCACUUGCCAUGCAAACUCAGCCCAAUAUACCGGAGGAAUGCUUCAAAUACUUCAGUAUGGCCGAAGAGUUAGACUCGAAGAACAGUGACAUCUACCAUCAUCGUGGCCAGGUCUACAUUUUGAUCGAACGUCUAGCGGAAGCAAUCGAGGAUUUCGAAAAAGCAAGCGCAUUGUGUCCAGCUUCAGGCAUUAUCGAAAUCCAUCGUUGCUAUGCCACGUAUCGGUUAGCACUCGCCAACAAAGACGAAUUCGCGCUACGUAAAGUGAUGGACGGUUUCCGGAAUGCCAUCGAACGGUUUCCAAAUUGUGUCGAGUGCUACAGUUUGAUGGCACAGGUUCUCUGUGAUCAGCAAGAAUUCGAGGAAGCCGACAACUUCUACAACAAAGCCAUCAAAAUCGAGCCGCAAAAUGCUCAGAUUUUAGUGCACAAAGCCCUAUUAUUACUACAAUGGAAGGCCGAAAUAACGAGUGCUGUGGAACUGAUUGAAAAAGCAAUUGAAGUGGAUGACAAGUGCGAGUUUGCCUACGAAACGCUCGGGGCCAUACAAGUACAGAGGGGUCACCUCCAGGAGGCAAUAAAACUGUUCGACAGUGCGAUAAAGCUAGCAAAAACCGAAAUGGAGCUUGUGCAUCUAUAUUCCCUGAAAGAUGCGGCUUUGGCACAAGUCAACGUUACGAAACAUAUGGGAUUGGACAUCAGGACCAUCGUCGAAAUGACGCAGGCUCAGUUCUAAAACUUCACCGCUACUACGCAAUGCUUUUAUCUAGCUUUCCACGCGAGUUGAUUCAGCAGCUUAAUUCCAUACGCCAAAAUUGUAAGUUUUAGUUUGUCACCUCGACGGCAGAGUUUCAACCCUACCGUUAAACAGAAUAAAUUGGUUUGCCCUGAGUAUAACUGGUUACUGAGAAUUAUGCCAGUUUUCUUAUAUUUUGUAGAAAAAUCGGACUAAAAUCUAACAUUAGAAGGUACAGAAAAUAUUGAUUAUCAAUAAUUGUGGUUAUUUUAAAACUUAAAUGGUAAUUAUUACACAUACAAAUUACUAAUGUUUGUAUGGUAUAGUUAAAUAUAAAUAAGAAAUUAUGUUGAAAACAAA